UGCCUACUCAGUGAUAAACUGUAGAAAAAAGUAUCAUACGUCGUUGGGCGAAACUGCUCCAAAAAAAAAAAAUAAUUUAUUCCUGCUCGGUUCUUUUGCAAGAUAUGCUCCGUUAAUUUAUUCUAAUCAUUUCAUGUGACUAUCAUGUUUGCUUUCAAUUAGAAUUAGAUACAAAUUAUACAUAUAUUAGUAGAUUCUAUAGAAAGGUUAUUUUUAUGGAAAUAAAAUGUUACAAAAUUUCAUUGUUAGGUUAUGUAUAUAAAAUAUAUGUUGAUAGGGUCUUUUAUUCGUAAAUUCAGCUACUUGUAUUGCGAAAUGUUUCAUUUCUAAAUAUUUUUAUACGAAUAAUGUAGUGAGUUCGGUGCAACGAGAGAAUGGCAAACUUUCCGUUUCUUCUAUGUGUUUUUAACGCUUGGUCAAGAACUCGGCUAUUAAUUGCAAUCAUAACUGGUAGAAGAAGAAAGGAAAAUCGCAGAAUCACGAGGAAUUUGCUGGUUCCAUCAAUGUCACUUUCUCGACCUUUCAUUCGAUAAUUUUUCCUCCCUCCACGGCAUUUCGCGCGCGAAUCGCCAACAAAAUUAAAUAUAGUUACAUAUGAGACAUUUCUACUUCUGACGGUAGUCUUGUAAAGCAGUCGCAUACCAUCAUCUGAAUAACGAUAUUUCAAGUGACUAUACGAACGGAAUAUCGAUGUCGACCAGUGUGUGUAUCUGAUGCUGGUCAAGAGAUCUUUAAAGGUGACCGUAGCUCUCUUCGAACUCCUUUGAUGCGUGGGGAUAACUGGAGCUACCAGUUAAGUCAAGUGUAUCGCGUCGGGGCGAAGUAGUACACUAUUUCUUUCCGGAGUGCGUGCAUCGGAUCGAGGUUCCAGAGGAUUGGCAGCCGUAUAAGAGAAUAGAGAAGAACAUCCUGGAAGUCUAGGGAGGGCAGUACGCGCAGGAACUACUGUUCAACGACUCGCUAAUCGACACACAAAAGACAUGAAUCUCCUUUAUUUCGUGGCUGCGGUUAUAUGGAUAACAACCGUGACAGCGACAUUGGAAUCCGAUUCCCAUGGAAACUGGAGCAACGAAAAGGUCACCUGCAGUAGCUUCUGCCCGACGUGAAACGCAAUCUCCUGUAAUUAGGGUUCGCAACCCGAUUCAUAAGGAAAGGAACGUUACUCAGUUAAUUACUAGAAAUCGUAAUUAAUCGUUGCAUCGAUUACAGUUGGAGCGAAAUGCAAAAUAUAUUUUUAGUAAUAUCUCGGAGAAAAUCUCUUCCACUCCUAUAUCAGUAUUUUAUUUUCGUUAUUUUUUUUUGAAAAUUUAAAAAGCGUAGUUAGUACUUAGUAAACGUGGUGGAUACUUAUAUAAAUUAGUGGUUUUACAAAAUUUUAGGAUUCUAAGAUAAACAAGCAGUUAUUUACAAGAAAUACGAUGUAGUGGUUAUUCUGGAGGAUACACACACACACAUAAAGGAAUUUCCUCAUGCAAAAACUGCGAAUACUUUCUCCACGCACUUUCAGAUGAAAGCUGGUUCAGGGUUGACCCACCUACUGUCAAAAAUUCGACGUAAACGAUCCCGGUCGUUCCCUUUCUCUUUCUCUUCUCCUCCUCCCACAUGAGGAAUUUGUUCACUGGUGAUUUAAUGUCCAAAGUAAUCUUUCUGUCAUCAUUCGACUCAGAAAGUAAUUUUUCCCUAUGAUCUAAUUCUUGAAGAAAUGUUCUAUCGAUUAUUCGAAAAUAAAUGAGUAAUAGAAUGAAGAAAGGAGACAUGAUGACAAAAAGGAAGCUGGUUCCUACAAUCUAUUGGAAGUGCAUUCUAAUGUGAGACUAGCCAAAAUAGCUUGCUUUUAAUAAGAUUCAGAGCCAGUGCGCGACUCUCACUGGUUUUUCUUUUGCGCGAGCUGCAAGAAUGCAGCGCGCAUCUUUUCCUGUUUCGCCUUUCUUCUCGCUCGAAUGGUACUGGAGAAAGGGAGACCGGUAGUCGGUACCGUAACGUCCACCUUUCUCUCAUCUCGCCUGGCCAGCUGCGUUAUUUUCAACCUCCUCUUGCUCGAUAAUACUCUACUUACGCAAAAUUUGUAUCUUAUAUUCCCACUAAUCUGAUCUGCACCUCCUAUGGCUGUCUUCGAUCUACCAUAGUCCACAAAAAGUGUCACUAAUUCUUCAAAAAUAUCUUAUAGUUUCCUGUGAGUCGAUGUUUUAAAGAAACAUUAGAUUUUUUUGAAAAUGGAAUCUUUGGUUUUCUAAGAAUUCUUUAGAGGAUUCUUAGUUAUAAUAUUCCUUAUUUAUUCUAUAUUUUAAUGUAUUCUUCAUAAAUUUCUUCUUUUUUUUUUUUUUGCUUUUCCAUCAAUCCAUAAAAGGCUGUUUGUAGUAGAGAAAUGAAUUUUUCAAAAGAAUUACAUAAUUUUCUGUGAGUACCUUUCUGUUCUUGUGAUAAAAGUUUCUAAAGAAACAUUGGACAUAUUAAAAUAAAAUCUUGUUUCUAUCAAUGAUUCUACAGGGAAUUCCUAUAGAUAGAUACGUAGCCUAUAAAAGACAACUUAUUUUUAUUUCUUCUGAAUCCUUUAUAAUAUACUCAAAGGACUCCAAAAAUCAUAAUUAAUUAUCAAUUUCACAAGCAUCCAAAUUUAGCAAUUUCAUUGAUGAAAGUAUUUAUUUUGAAAUUACUUGACACAUUCUAUUAGUAGUAAAAAGUAGUAACUAACAGUAAAAUGAAUUAAUUAUCAAUUAGUCGAGAGAGUUUCACCAAUUAUUAUUUAUUUUUACCAAAAUCAUCGACUUGACAAUUUUCUACUCUCGUUUGCCCACUCGGAGAGUCGUGAGUUUCAUUUCUAGAGCUUCUUCAUGAUCUGUUUUCUACUUCUACUUGGAACAAAUUGGGUCAGACGCUCGGCCUCGCCCACUGGCUCGUGCCUUGAUGACUGGUACAGCCUGUCUAUACAACGCGGAGCAUUGCUUCUCUUAUUGAAACACCGGUGCCUUCUAUGAUUCUUUUUUUAACAACAGGAAACCGAACCAUAAAAAUCUGAACACUAUUGGAAACAUUAUUUCAAAAGGUUCUUCAUUAUCUUCUUCGAGUGUUUAUCCUGAAUGACAAUAUAAUAAAGCGUUGAUUAAUGGAGGAAUUGAUUAUUCAAAUAUCGAUCAAUGGAGAAUUUAGAAAUGGUAUCGAACAAACCAACAGGAAGAAACUAAACACAGUUAAAAACGUUAUUUUACAGAAUUUUCUAUUAUCGAUGGAUCUCGAGCUUUAUGAAUUAUAAUACUAAACUUUUUGAACAUGCCUAUGAACAAGAUCUACUCAAUAGCCAGAAAGAAGAAGAAACUGAAAAUAUCGAACAACAAUUUACAAAUCAACAUGAGAGAAUCUUCAAUUCCUCUGAAAUUGCCAAAGCUAUUAAAGAAGAGGAAGAAACGCUGACUGUGAAAUUUCUUAAUGAGAAAGAGGAAAUUCAUCAAGUGAAUGAAUCCCAACAGCAAUUUUCUAAACAAUUAGUUCAACCAUAUGUCCUACCUUUGAAAGCAAAAAGCUCUUCAGAAGACAUAUUAAACGAAUCGCUCGAUACCAUUGCGAGGUUAGGAAGGACCAGUCAAAGUACAUUUAACGAGACAGUCACAGUGGAGUACAUUCCAUCUCAAGAAAUAGUUCUACAAGAUUCGAGCACAACUAGCAAAUAUUUCUCUCAAGAAAGUAACACCAGUGACAUAGAUCAAUCUAUUCCAGAAGAAAACCUAGAUAUUGAAAGUAUAGGCGAAUUUGGACAACGAGUACGCAGCUCAUCCUCAUCCAGACCAAGAAGUAACGAGAGUCACAGACGAUUCAGAGUAAAACAACCUCUCGAUGUUUCAUCGUUUUCCGAGGAUCAAAGAAAACAGUAUAGAAAGAGUGCUCGUCCUUAUGUAUCCAAAAAAUUGAAUAUUUCAAACAGUAAUCUAAACACGUCUUCGAAGGAACGACUUCCUUCGUCUCUGAUGAAGAGCACAGAGUCUCAGAGAACCUUGAAGCAGAAGGAAACUGGUGGAGAUCGUGCUAACAGUUUAUCCAUAAUUAAGGAUGCUUCUUCAUCAACUUCUGCUCCCAUCGUAUCAGUUUCUUUAGGCAAAUUUUCUGGACCAAUAGUAGUUCCAGACUUUCCACGACAGAAGAAAUACUCCUACACUACCACAUCUGAUUAUACUGAUAAAAACGAGGUUUCAAAGCUAACCACAGCUGUAACGGAAUCAGUAAAACCAAAAGUUUCAGAAGAUGGAUAUUUGGCGGCAUCACCUGUUAUCCUAAAUCCUCUGCAGGUUGGUGUUGCCUUGAUGAACGCUGGGCAAGAUCUAAAUUUAGUCAAUGACCAAAUCACAUUGACAAAACUAUAUCCCCAGAACAAAUCUGAGACACUAGAAGUUACCAAGAUUGAUAAUCAAAGUUUGGUUCAAAGCGACGCCCCAGUUUCUAGGAACUUGAGCUUCGACAGUGAUCAGGUAUCGCAACAAGAGCGAAUUUCUGAGGUGAUAGCCACAAACUCGCCAGUUCAGUCGGUUGAGAUCCAAAAAUCCGUGGAAAUAUUCCAUACAGCCCCCAUUCAGGAGAUCCACUACCCUGUGGAGUUCAUUCCUAGCGCCCAGCAGCUGCCAUUAUUAAAGCAGCAUGCACAGGAAGAUUAUAGAAAGCCAGGAAGGAGUCAAUCGAAGGAUCAGAGACAAAGUCAGAUUAAUAUAUACAGGAGCAACGAGAUCUUGGACGAAAGUAUUAAUAACCAAGAACAUAGUCGUUAUGAGUAUAAUGUGAAUGAGAAUGACAUUAUUUAUUCAGCAGGAAGUGGCCAGGUCGACCAGACCGUGGCUUUGCCUCGUCCAGUAGAGGUCAAACCCAUUUUCGGGGUUACGGGGCAAGUAGACGGCGCUCAAUAUGAUCAGGUAACACACUCUAGAGUGCAAGGAAUUCCUGAAGCAAAAAUUAAAUUGAGUAACUACGAGCUGCCAAAGGGGCCAGCCCCUGCUGUUGCACAACCAUCGAGGGGAAUAGAGAGUCUUUCAGGUUUGACUAAUUUAGAGAACCUGCAAGUGACUCAAGAAGCGCCUCAGAUUCUGCUGACCAAAGUUACCAGCGAACCACCGACUGAAUUGAGGCUCCUGAUGUCGAUGUCACAGCCAUAUUCCGUGGAGAAAAACAUCCAUGUGCCUCAGACGGUGGACGUGAUUGAAAAAAAGGUGCCAUACCCAGUGGAGAAAGUGAUAGAGAAGCAGAUAACGAUUCCCCAACCGUUCCCCGUACACAUACCGAUAGACAGGGUAGUAGAGAAGCAGAUACGGAUCCCAUAUCCUGUCCACGUGGAGAAGGUGAUUGAGAAGAAAGUACCAUUCGCCAUCCAGAGGUUCAUCAUACCUUUACCAAUUCACUUUAGGGUUUCUCAACCGGUUUCAAUUCCGGUGGAGAAGGUGGUAGAGAAACCUGUACCGGUACCAGUGCCUGUGGAGAAGGUCAUUGAGAAGCCUGUGCUCCUACCUAGACCGUACUCGAUAGAAAUCGAGAAAGGUAGACCAUAUCCCUUGGAGAAUAGUAAACAUAUAAAAUCAGCCCCAAUUUAUAAUAUUCAGCCUGAUGGUAAUUAUCAGCAAUCGGUAAGGCAGAAUUUCCAGACACCAGUGGAGUCAAUUUAUGGAACUGAUAAUGAGCAAAGUUACUAUAAUUCGACGAAUCAGUUUUAUGGACAAGGGUAUUUGGCCUUAAAUCGUCCUCAUGCUAGGCAACCAUUGAUACACUCAUUGCCGAAGAAAUUUGCGUCAUACAGCGUUCAACAUCCUCAUUCGGUGACUUAUUCAGUAACUAAUGGUAAUUUAGUGGCUUAUGGAAGGACAUCGGAGAAGGACAAGGUUAAGGACGAGUACGUAGGUCCAGUGCCAAGGAAAACUGCCACUACAAUACAAUCCAAGUCUCUGUAUUCAGCACCGGAUAUUCAGACUACGUUGAGAAGAACGAGGCAGGAAAUUGGUAACACUGGAAACUUCAGGCAGUCCAAGAUGGAAUACGGGUUCAAGCCACCCAUGGUACCUUCUGUCCAAUAUGAUGAACAGACGGCAACGAAGGGACUUAUAUACAGUCGAUAAAGUUACUGGGCAGUGGACGUCAUCCAUCCUUCAGAGUACUGUGGGGAACGUAGAUUAACUUCAACAAAUGCAAAGAAUUUUUGCUUUCCCCUAAAUCGUACCUAUUAUUCAUUUACAAAUAUUAAUUUUACGAUUAUAAAUGCAAUGUAAAUAUGAGAAUAUAGAAGAAUGUAUUAUAUUUAUUAUGAAUGCGAAAUCAUUUAAAAAAUAUCUCAUACAUCGAUUAACAGAACAAAUUUCUUUAAUUGUGAUUUUUUAUUGGAUUAAUUAUACUUUAGGUAGUAAAGACUGAUACAUAAUAUAAUUAUAGAAAAUAAUGUACUUGAUCUUUUUAUGUUGCAUUUCAGAGCCGCAUAAAUUGAUUUCAUUUCAAUUAAAUACAAAAUUGUGACUAAUAUCUCUUUUACUUUAGAAAAAUAAAUGAUACGCUCACAAAUUAUUGUAUUUUUUUAACUAAAAAUAUUUCAUAUUUUUGUAUACUUCAAUUAUUGUAUCUUUUGUAGCAAAGAUACUAUUAUCUUUUUCUUAAUUAUAUAUUAAUUCCAUAAUUAGAUUAAGAUUAAUAUUAGUUUUUGUACUUUUAUUAAAUUAUCUGUAACAUGGAAUAUAUUAUAUUGUUUUCAUUAUAAAGAACAUUAUUUUUUAUUGCUCCCUAUUUUAUCGUUUUAAUGAAACCUACCUAUAGAUAAAAGGAAUGCACAGUGGUAUAAUUCAAUGUUUAUUCUUGGACGGUACCUGUUUAAUUACUCGAACAAUAUAUAUAUAUAUAUAUAUACAUAUAUAUAUAUUAACAAUCAUCGUAUUUCGUCGGGUCGAUACAAAAAUACAGAAAAUACUGAUACAGUUAAAAAUAAUAAUUAAAACAUUCUGGAGCCCCGCCCAGGAGACAAAAUCGAUUUCUGAUGAUGAUGCGCAUUAAUUUACCCAUACGCACAUACAUACAUAUACAUACAUAUAUAUUUAUAUAUAUAAUAUUUAUAUUUAUAUAUAGAUUUCUUUAUUUAUAUAUAGUUUUAUGUAUAAUCUGUAAAGAAGGUCAGUGCCGCUCAUUUUCUUCGUUGAUCUGUAAAACAUAUGUACAACGUUCGUUUUACAUUACAUUAAAAAAAGAGAGAAAAAAGACAGAUAAUGAUCGUACAGUAGAAACUUGAUUAACUAGUCAGACCGUAGAACUUUCUAACCUAACCAACUAACUUUGCAUUAUUUAACUUUCAGUUCUUCAUUUAAAACUC